AUGAAAAGAAGAUUAGAGGAUGUUGAAUUAGUUGGAUGGGGCGGAUCAGGUGGAAGCAUGUUUUUAUGGAAUGAAGAACUGAAAAUUAGUUUUGCUUAUUGUAUGAAUGCCUUCCAUACUGCUUUAUUAGGUGAUAAAAGAAGUUUAAAAAUGAUAAAAGAGGUUGUUGAUACUGUAAAAAAAUUAAGAAACAUUCAAUGA